UGGGAAAUGUAGUUCGGCAGCAAGCUUUCGAUAAAUUAAGAUUCACUGAAUCUGAUAAAAGAACAUUUUCUUAUGUAAAUAUAUAAGCAUCUUGUUAAAUAAUGGGACUUUUUUCUGUAUGUUAUUAUAUAUGUAUAUAUGUUUUUAAAUAACCGUUUCAUAUCUGGUAAUGAGCCAAGGAACUACCACGACCAGCAUGCACCGCUGUAACUAAACAAAACUUCCUGGUUUUGUAUAGUUUUUUCUCGUUCAUCAAGGAGCAAGUUUUACUUUGUAGAUUUUAAGAAAUUUACUAAUAAAUAUGAAAAUGUAUAGCUAGUUACAAGUAAUCUUUUCAUCUCGCUCUUCGUUCGAUUAAUAACGAGAAAAUAAAGCAUGUCAUAAGAAAUAUCGAAUCAAACCAUCGCUACUAAAAAUAUGAUACUGCAAUUUUUAUUUGGCAUGAUGGAUAGAAGAUGUAACAGCUGCGCUUCAAAAUUUACUCUCUUCAAAAAAGAGCUGGGUUGUAAGAACUGUGGCCACUCCUAUUGCUCGGGAUGCCUUGGUUACAGUGCUGUGGUGCCCCGAUGCGGGAACACACAACAGAAGGUCUGCAAACGGUGUCAUGGAAACCUGACUGGUCGAGGAACCCAGAACAAUGACGCAAAGUGGUCUCCUCCUGAGAACUACAAAAAGCGUGUGGCAGCUCUGGAGGCCAGGCAGAGCCAGCAGGGGGCACCAUCACAGCACGGGACCCGCAUUCCUGUUCAAGACCACUCCCUGUACCGUGGGCUGAGCAAGGAGGAUCGGGCCAUUGCAGAAAGACUGGAGAGACUGAAGGCCGAUACCAAACCCAAGACAAUCCCCUCGGAGAAAGAAAUUGAGUCCCGCCUGGCGGCCCUGAAGGUGGACCCAGCCCAGCCCGUCCCCUCUGCCUCCGAGAUGGAGAACAGGCUGGCUGCUCUACAGGGGAGGGCCCCACCAUCCCAGACCCCCAAAGCCAUACACCAGCCUCCGGACUCAAGAUCGCAGACUGAAAAAGCCAAUGAUUUGUUAACCCAGCUGUCUGAAGAGGUGGCAAUAGAUAAUACAUUUGCACCACAGCCAGACACAGAAGAUGUCCCUCUGAACAACCUAAACAAGGGGGAGAGCACUCUGUAUGGGAACCUUGACGACCUGCAGGAGAAUGUGAAGCAGCUGGAGGCAGAGAAGAGCAGACUGCUGGAGGAGGCCAUGGCAGAGCUGAAACAGGACAACAUCUGCCAGGAACAAGUCCUGCAGAUGGCAAAGAGGCUGGCUGCUCUCAAAGGAGAGGACUCUGACAAGAUAACUGCAGAGAAUUACAAACAGCCAGAGAGUGAUGAAGAAACUGAGGAGGAGUCUGUACAAAGAAUUUUAAAGCAGCUGUCUGAAGAAGCAGCUAUAGAUGAAGCUAGUGGCUAUAACAUUCCACCUGAGUUGACCAGACCAUCAAACACGAUGAAGCAAGCAGGGAAAACCAAACAGAUGCCUUCUGCUGCACCUCCAGCAGUGACUCAGAAGCCUGUCACUGUUCCCCGGGAGCCAGACAGCGAUGAAGAAGAAUUGCCCUGGUGCUGUAUCUGUAACAGUGACGCCACACUACGCUGCCACAGCUGUGAUGGGGACCUCUUCUGCCAAAGAUGUUUCAGGGUAGGACAUGAUGAAUGUGACAGAAAAGAGCAUCGAACAGUCAGUUACCAACCACCGAGAAAACAGAAGAAGAAAUGAAAUGCUUGGGGAGCUUGCCAACAAUAAUAACCAAACACUUGAGUCGAGCUGAAUGUAUGUUACCUGUAACACUGCAUGGUGAGCAUAAGACAGUAAUCCUCUGACUAAUGGAAUGAGCCAUAGAAUACAAGCAUUACCCCUCCAUGCAGACAGCCUUACUGCAUGUUGUUUGCAUUGCUGUUGGUAGAUCCAAGACUCAAAUGUGGCAGUAAAAGUGUAUUAAUAUUAUUAUAGUGCAGUAGCUACAACAAUAUUACACUUAAGUCUGGUUUUGUGUAUUGCCUGUUGGCUUAAAGGAAUGCUAACCAGUGCUUUAAAAUAUAUUUUAGCUUUAUGAACACCAGCCCCCUUUUAUUAUACUGAGAAUUGUUUGGAUCUUCACUUUUUGUAUAGAUAGAUUAUGUAAAUGCUUAUUGCUAUAGAUACAUUCUGGUACCUUUCUGUAGGUCUGAUGAUAAACCAUGAACUGAUUAGUUACCAGGAAGCAGCAGCAACUUUCCAUCUAUUGUGUUGCAAUUGAAAUACCUGCAAAUUAACAAAUAACCAACAUAUCCCCAAUUGUAGAGGGAGGGAGAGGGGUGGGAGAGACAUUUACUUUCGUUUCAUUCAACACAAUAACAGUUACAAAAAAUGCACUGUUUAUUUCAUGAAUUGUAUUUUCCUGAAAAAACUAUUUUUCUCAGCUAAAAUGUUAAUUGAAUUGGGCUUCAGGACCACAAACAUUUAAUUUCUGUGCACUUCCUGGGUUACGUCACCUGGAGGGUUAAAUUGUCUCCACUCCUACACUUCCUUCUCUCCUGUCAACGUCCAAUUAGCUCCUUCCCCUAUUGACUGACCUGCGUUCGGCCAGUAACAUACUUUGACCCAGAAGACACUGUUGGGAUAAAAUGGCCAAAGAAGUAAAGAAGUAACAGACUUCCUGUAAGGCAUGGCUUGCAAACUGAGAUUUUUUUUUUUUUAACCAAGUGUAUAUCAGAUAUUAUGUUUUAAAAUGAAAAUACAUGUUUUCUAUACUAUGCGUUACUUUACAAACUGCACAUUGGUGACCUAUUUCAUGAAUAGAUGUGCAAAAUGGGUAUGAUUCAUGGAAUUCAGUUGUUAGCUACAAUUACUUUAUUCCUGGAUGUAUUAUUAUUAUUAUUAUUAUUAUUAUUAUUAUUAUUAUUAUUCUACCAAUUGCUUUACAAAUGAAUGAAAUCAAGUGCUGCAAACUAAAUGUAAAGAUUUCUACGAGUAACACAUAUUUAUCCAAGCAAUCAAACUCGCACCUAAUUUAUAUUCAAUUCAAUGAAUUAUGCAAAGAAAAAAAUCCUUUUCAUUCUAAGUCUUUAUUCAAGAAUAACUCAAAUAAAUGUGAUGCCUCAAAGCAUUUUGAGACAGAAAUACUGAAUUCAGUUGCAGAGUCUCCAAAAAAGCACUACAAUUAAACAAUGGUUACCUUCUGUUAAGCCCCUUCUGUGAACCAUUAUUGAGAGUACAGUAAGAUCUCUAUAUCAUCUAAACUAAUUGGGAUCAGCGGGUGUUCGGAAAAUCGAAUUGCAACUGUGAAUUUGUUUAUAUGACUUUCCUAAUCAAAGAUAUAAUCCAGCCCUUUUAUCAAGUAAAUAUACAAAAUACUGUAGUGAACUGUUCUGUAAGUACCAGGGGAUGAAGGGCUGGAUAGUGCAUUUUCUAUGACAAUGGGGAAAGCACAGCACACUACAAGCCAGGUUACCAAGGGGCUGUUCGGAUAACAGAGGCGUUGGGCAACAGGGUUUGGAUAAUCAAGCUUUUAUGGUAUCAGAAUCUAGAGAUGUAUGGAAUAAACUGCAUAAAUCUAUCUGUAUGACACUCUUACAGUAUUACAUAUACAUGUGUUGGGUUACAGAUUGUUCAUAUUGUCAAUGCUGCUACAGAGCUGUGUAAGUCAAUUGUGAUGGUUUUAAUUGUUGGGGAGAACCCUGUGUUUGUGUCCUAUCUCAUUGUGCUUGCUGGUGUUAGUUAUAUAGACAUUUAAAGAGUUUUUGGUAGACGCUUCCGUCACCAGCAGUUUCAACAUGUUGUUGGAGCCUCUGAAAUGGUGUGGGUAGGUAGCCUCCUCAUCUUCUGUUGUUUUCUCUUUCAUUGCCUAAGAAAAAACAAUAAAUGACUCAAUGGUAAUCAUUUCUACUGCAGGCUAGCCUCCUUGUAAAUUACCUUUCUGCUGUAUGCGUGUAAAAUUAUCUUAUUUAAUCUGCAAUUGCAGUUUCACAGAAUCCCUGCUGAAACACUUUAGUAGAUGAGUGCUUAAAUUUCAGAGAAAUGAAGCUUGAAAUUAUAUGUUACAGUGAUGCAGUCACCCAAUAUCAUUAUGUGCCAUCUUUCCUGUUUUUCUAUUAAGAUAGAUUGGACAGAGAUGUUUUUGUUUUUUGUAGUGACUUGCCUGGUUCCCGUGGCAUUACAAUUAAGCUCACAAAGCUAAAUCUACCUUUAUUGCAUUGUCAAUUUCCAUUUAUGUCUGAAAUUCUAGGGUUUGAAAAUAACAUUCAUCAUGCUGUGUGGUCCAGUGGUUAAAGAAAAGGGCUUGUAACCAGGAGGUCCCCGGUUCAAAUCCACCUCAGCCAUUGACUCAUUGUGUGACCCUGAGCAAGUCACUUAACCUCCUUGUGCUCUGUCUUUCGGGUGAGAUGUAAUUGUAAGUGACUCUGCAGCUGAUGCAUAGUUCACACACCCUAGUCUCUGUAAGUCACCUUGGAUAAAGGUGUCUGCUAAAUAAACAAAUAAUGCAAAUGAUAGUUUGAUUUUAAAACCCAAUUCUUUUUGGACAGCUGUUUCAAAUGUUUUGAGUGCUUCCUAUUGGGAAUUUGUUUUCAGAGAAAACCCACAAGAACAAGAGGCCCUGACCAUUAAGACUGACCUCAAAAAAGAGAGAGAAAGGAACCUGACAAGGUGGAAACACCCAUUAAUAGUCAAUAAGGCCCUGAGACUACCUUAUACUUGGUUCUACACCAGGUUAAAGAAUUGUCUGUUUGCAAGCCUUCCUUUCAGAAUGUCUUACACUUCCUUGGUCAAUUCACCUGGACAGUGAAAGUGCCCUACCCAUUCAGGGCCUUCUUGUUGGUAAUUCCCCUGAUGCCUGACAUGCUUUGCAGCCACUAAGAUGAUUAACCCCGAAGACACUGUUGGGGUGAAAUGACUUAGAAAGUAAAGCAGUAACAGACUUUCUGGAAAACAAUGCAAGAACUGUCGUUUACUUAGCGUAGUAAAAGAGGUCAUGUUUUAAAAAGAAAAUGCAUGUUUGAGACCUAUAUUGUGAAUGAAACUGUACGAGAGGUAAGAUUUAUUAAUUAAAUAGCAAAAACCACUUUCUGUAACUGA